GCCCAAUAAACUCUCUCUUUGACCCAUUUGCAGUUAGAGAGGUAGGUACAAAGAAAAACCAAAAUUCAAAACCAGUCGAAAGAGAGAAUGGGGAGCCGAGACGGUGGCGAUGAGGCGAUGAGGGAAGCGCAGGAGGAAGAAGAAGAAGAGGAGGAUGAUACUGGCAAUCUGGUGGACUCGCCUCCCACGACUGGCGGCGGUGGAGGUGGUGGGUCUUCAGAGGUCGGGGGUGGCGCCGGAGGUGGAAGCGGAGGAGUGGUGAAUAGUAAAGUGAAAGGACCCUGGUCGCCGGACGAAGACACGGUGCUAGGUAAACUGGUGAGCAAGUUCGGGGCGAGGAAUUGGAGCUUGAUCGCUCGGGGGAUUCCAGGCCGGUCCGGUAAAUCUUGUAGGCUCAGAUGGUGUAAUCAGCUUGACCCUUGUUUGAAACGGAAGCCUUUCACUGAUGAAGAAGACCGUAUCAUUAUUUCAGCUCAUGCUGUCCAUGGAAACAAAUGGGCAGCAAUCGCAAAACUACUGCCCGGUAGAACAGAUAAUGCUAUUAAGAAUCACUGGAAUUCAACUCUAAGGCGCAGAUAUUCUGAGCUCUCAAGAUUCAAACGUGCAGCUGUCAACAUGAUGCUGAUGGAAAAUGGUAGCUACAACAUUACAAAGGCAUCAUCUUCAGAAGAAACUCCUUCGGUUGGUGAAGGCAAUUCAGUAAAGCCCAUUGAACAGCGAGAUGUUGCAAUGGAAGAAAGACCCCAAAUGGAUGAGGAGAUUUGUAAUACUCAGGAUGUGGUUCACUAUGCCUCGGUCUUACCCCACGAACAGCCUCCUAGCCUUCCUCGUCCUGUGGCGAGAGUCAGUGCAUUCAGUGUUUAUGUUCCUCCGAAUGGCCCAAAAGCCAGCAGGGCAACCUGUCACUCAAGACAAAUUCCAAACCACGAACCCUUGGUCCAAGCUUCAAAACCAGACUCUUUUGGAAGUGGAAAGUUUCUUGAAGGUAUUUGCAGCGAGCCGACAGUUCCUCCCAAAUGUGGGUUUGGCUGCUGCUCAACACCAAGUGGUGGUAGCUUGUCUGGGAGCUCAGUAUUGGGACCCGAGUUUGUCGACUACGAAGACUCAUCACUCCCCUCUUUCUCAAGUCAAGAGCUAAUCUCGAUCGCCACAGAUUUGAACAACAUAGCUUGGAUAAAGAGUGGGCUUGAGAACAGCAAUAACAGUUUCUUACAAGGCAGUGCUGCUGCAAGCCAGAGAAUCGUCCCUCAAGCACCAGCCUUGGCUUCACAAAUGGGAAUGCCUGAACAGAACUUCAGAAAUGGCCAUAUGGAUGGUCAAACCAAGUUCGUCGGGGUGAUGCCAGAUCAUAUGUCAUAUGCCUGCUAGACCUUUAGCAAUGAGAGCUGAAGUCGAAAGCUUGAGCUAGUAAACCAUGCAGCUAAAAGUUCGUACUCCGAGAUAUUCCUUAUUGGGUGGAAAAGAACAGAAUCUUUCAUCGUGGGCGGUACUAUCUUUUACUUGAUAGUUGAUAUGAUUAUUUUGUUGAACUGAGGCUCGUAUAUUUCCCAAAAUUGGCUUAUAGAGUCCCGGAUACGUUACUGAUGGUAACUGUCAUGGGUUGCUUUUGGCUUUUACUAAGUAGUGAAACUUGUCUAUAGCUCCUCCCAAGGUAGGAACAUUCCGAAACUCGGUGAAUUAGAUGUUUCAUGACCAUAAAACAGACAACUUCCUGGAUUGUGAGAAUGUUGUUUGUAAAUUCACAGUUUUUUUUUCUGAUGAGGGGUGUUUGAUCGGGAUUUUUCUAUUGUAAAUUUGUUC